ACUGUGAUACGUCCAGUCUCAGUGCUGGCACGCGAGCCACGUUUUCAACACUCAUCAUCGCCUGCUCGUACUUGGCAUCAUCAACUCCACAACGACUUCUAGCAUCAAACAGCAAGAUGAGGUCCUUUGAGUCUCUGUUCAACGACUCGCAGUGGGAGAUCCGCAUCCCCAACGCCCACAUCGAAUCACUCCACGAAGACUACAAGGCGGUCACCCAGGCGAAACCCAGGACUCAUGUCUUCUACGACGAGACUGUAUUAUUCUUCCUGCAGAUUUCACUUCCAGAGGACCUUUCGACCCUGCACGAGGAGACCGCAAGCCAGGUUGAGGAUUUUUUCCAGGCGCUUGAAAUCCAAGUCGAGGCAGCAUACGUAGAUCCUCUUUCAUUGGUAGCCUCAGGCGCAGCAGGACAGAACGCCUUGUACAAGAGUCCAAACGGCUCGCGCCCUGCAAGCGGACAGCAGCAUGCAGACAGAAGAUUAUCGACCAGCUCCCCAGGAUUUGGAGCAAGACCUGGAUACAAUGACCAGGGACGCAUCGAGUCGACUAUGAUGUAUACUUACGCCUACAAUCCAGCAGAUCCAGGAAAGAAAGUUGAGAUCCGGCCAAUUAAUGGAUUAUGGACAGCUAUCUUUCCCUUCUCGGUCCCGGUCUCAUUUAUGGCGACCAAGAGUGCCAACCCUAUGCUCAUGUUGAGUGCGCAUGUGCUGUUCCGACCCGCAGACCAAGUGGUCCCUGUAUCGACACCGAUGGACGAUCAAUACAAUCUCGAGUGUUUCAGCAUGGUCAACCUUCUGGAGGGCUUGUCUGACGACCCCACUUUUGCUAUGGCUGUUGUCCCCCAACAUCACUAUCGACCGGAUACACCUCGCGCUAGGACUCAGCAACCAAUGGCACCAGUACUGAGACGAAGUGUAAGGCGAACUAUUGCAGCACGUUCUGCCUUAAACGUUCGGAUGAGGACAACGCGUGUUUCGCCUACGGAGAACCCUGUCAUGAUGUCGAUUGAGGUUGAAAACAACUCGGAACACGGCGCAAAGUUCAAAACAACCCAGCUAAAUGUGGAGGUCACGCAUGCGGUGGUGACGCCUCUAGGCUCCCCUGAGCUAACAAAGCUGCCGAUGGUUCUGAAUUCAUCAGAUCAUGUUACGUUCUUGUACUCAAUCUCAUUCCUGGACAACCCUGAGUGGCAACCUGAGAGUCCGUUGCUCGGCAAUGCACCUUUUGAACCGCACAGUCGACACUCGAGUGAAAAUUUGGCACGUUCAGGAUCCUCGCGGGAUGCUCAGCGCAAAGUGACCAUUUUUCUUGAAGGUAUACCUGAGGUGGACGGCGUUCAGGGCCAGAUGAUCCAUUCGCACUGGAACUGCUUCUUGGAUAUUACGGAUUUGAGGACGAACGAUAAUAUGCCAGGAGCAGCAAGCGUUUCGUCAUCAGGUCCAGCGCAGAAACAGUUGUAUGCACCCCAGCCGUCUCAUCCGUCUGGAUUACUUCCUUCACAACACUCGACUUCAGGGACGCCUACAAACCCGCAGGGCCAUCAUCAACAUCAACUUCACCAUAGAAAUCGAUCGCUGCCUUCAAGUCCACAGCCUCCGCAAGGUCUCCAAAGGAACACAUCACUUGCGCGACGUGUCUCGAACGGCAGCUCACCUCGCGUCGACAAUAAUCGCCCUUCGACUGGACCUAACAACGUUGGAGAAUCACGCGCGAGACGAUCGUCAGUAAAUUCGGAUGGUGCGCCAUCAGCUCAGCAGCAACGAAGUGCGGCGCUCAGCAGUGCAGGCCGAAAAAGCGGGUUGGGAGGCUGGGGUUAUGGACGCUCGAAUAACGAUAGCUCACAGGGACUUGCACCUGUGCAGGAGGGGUCAUCGUACCUUUCUCCAAUGGUUGUCGCUGAGAGUGAGGCGGGGGGCCACGAUGAAGAAUCAUCGCAGGGGGGUGUCCAUUCCCAGAGCGGCCGACCCGCCGUCAACGGAGCUUUGUCGCCUGGUCUGGGAUUGGACUUGGCCAACCAGGCAUUGACUGGAGUGACGCAGGGUCGGACUGAUCAGGAUAGUGGCGAUGGCAUUGUCGUGUCCUUUGCAGUUACGGAUCGGGUGGUUGUAGGGAAAAUUUUCAACUUGGAGAUCUUUAUUGUCAACCGAUCUCGCCAUAUUCGACGCUAUACGCUUGUGGUGCCCAACAGGAAACGCGCCAAGGGUGGCGAUCCAAGCCAAGGAUCCAAGGUGCUACCACCACUGCCUAGUGGCGAGCGCGCCGUUGUCCAAAAUGUACCAAUUGACCCAUACAUGGAAGAGCCAGAGCUCUUGCGUCGCCAUGUCGAUAACGAAACUACAGAAGCGGACAUUAUCUGCUUAGAGAACAACAUUCGACUGAGUCCAUUAUACCCAUUGACCUGCCAGAACUUGAACCUAAGGUUCAUUGCGAUCAAGGAACAGUUGCAUACAAUUGACUUGGUACAGUUGGUGGAUAAUGAUACAGGAUUCGUGACCAACCUGCGGAACUGUCUCUGCUUCAUGGCCGAGGCAUCAUUUGGUGCUCUUUCACAGCAGGUGCCAGAAGUACGGAAGUGAAGCACAUAUAGAACAGACACAAAGCAAAAUAACUACAGGCAUAAUAAAGCGGGCUUGUAAUGGAUCCAAGUUGGCAGUGGGUGGUGAAUUGUGCAUUUUGGGCUGCGACUGCGAACUAAAUU